AUGAAUGCUAAUUCAGAAUGUUUUGAUUGUGAAAACGAACGAAGUAAUGCAAGAUGGUGUAAAGAUUGUGAAUACAUUGCCUUUAAAGAAAAUUUUAGAAAUUGGACAAGCGGUACUUGGAUAGACGCAAUUGAUGUUCCUGAUUCAUCUGAAUUAUCCGAACAAUUUAGUCUUAUUGAAAGGCUGGAAAAAAACAGAUCUCAACAGCAAAUUCAUCCUGAAGCUAUGUAUACAAGCAGGUUCUUGUAUUUUCCUGAACUAUAUAAUCCUACUGAAAAUGUAUGUGGGAGAAAUUUCUAA